CCUACCUACCUACCUAUGUAUAACAGCCUAGCAUGUAUCCAGAUAUGUGUAUCAAUAUAUACAUAUGUAUGCGUGCAAAGCCGCAUCCAUCCAUCCAUCCAUCCAUCCAUCCACCCAUCCAUCCAUACCAGAGCCACCUCCUCCAACCCUCCCAAACCCCACAAGCACCAUAACCCACCUCACAUCACUUCACAUUCACCAACCCAACCAAACCCCCGAGCCUCAAGCCCACAACCCCCCGAAGCUAAAAACUGCGACGUGCGACAAAACACAAACUAGAUCAUGGAUCGGUUUGUGCUACUGUACCUUACCUUGCCUUACUGUGCCUAUUAUUACUACUAGGAACUAAACCGGGCUCCCCCGUGGUACUAUUUACCUUGCCUAGGCAAGGCAAGUAAGUGGCUAGGUAAGGUGGGCAGUGCAGUAGUUAGGUAGAUGAUGGGAUG